UGACAGUCUCCCACUUCCACAACUCUUUCCCCUUCCCCAAGUAUCUGUAAAUUCCCCACCUUUUCUCUCCCUUUCCCAAAUCCCACGCUCUCCAGGAAUCCGUUUCCGAUUCCAAUCCCCACCGUCCUGCCACCGCGUCCUCAACCAACCCCAAUAUAAAAACCUCAAAACCCACAACCCAUCCGCCGCCGAAUCGCAAAGAUGAUGCUCCGAGUUCGCAGCAGAGACGGGCUCGAACGAGUCACGGUGGAGAACCCACAGAGCACUACCGUCUCCGAACUCAAAUCCUUGAUACAAACCCAGCUCCGAAUCCCUUUCCAGAACCAGACAAUCUCCACCAAUCAGAAUCUUCUUUUGGCCAAAACCCAGGAAGAAAUUGCUCGAUUCACCGAUAUGGCGAAUCCCAAUACGUCUCUGACGGCGCUGAAUCUCGCACAUGGGUCGAUUGUUUACUUGGCUUACGACGGCGAGCGCAGCGUCGCCGGGCCGGCUUUCCACCCAGCGGGCUCUUUCGGGAGGAAGAUGACUAUGGAUGAUUUGAUCGCCAAGCAGAUGAAGGUCACGCGCCAGGAGAACCCGCACUGUGAACUGGUGUCGUUCGAUCGAGAUUGUGCUAAUGCGUUCCAGCAUUAUGUGAAUGAUACGCUGGCUUUCGCAGCUAAGCGGGGAGGAUUUAUGUACGGGACGGUGUCGGAGGAGGGGAAGGUGGAGGUGGAUUUCAUCUAUGAGCCUCCGCAGCAGGGGACGGAGGACAAUUUGGUGUUUUACAGAGACCCGGAGGAGGAAAAGGCGGUGGAGGCUAUAGCAAUGGGUUUGGGGAUGAGACGGGUUGGGUUUAUCUUCACCCAGUCAGUGAGCCAGGACAAAAAGGAUUAUACUUUGUCGAAUAGGGAGGUGCUUCAGGCGGCGGAGUUCCACGCAGAGAGCGGCUUGAAGGAGUGGGUGACCGCCAUGGUUAAGUUGGAGGUGAAUGAGGAUGGUGGUGCUGAUGUGCAUUUCGAAGCUUUUCAGAUGAGUGAUAUCUGUAUUAGAUUGUUUAAGGAAGGGUGGUUCGAGACCGAGAUUGGAGAGGGUGAUGAUCCCAAAUUGUCCAAGAUGAAGAAGGAUGUUGUCCUUGGAGUGAAGGAUACUAAGGAGGUGGACAACGAUUUUUUCUUGGUGGUAGUAAAGAUCUUCGAUCACCAGGGACCACUUUCAUCAUCUUUUCCUACUGAGAAUCGUAACACCCCAGUGACGUUGAAGGCUCUGAAAACUCAUCUGGAUCGUGCUAAGAAUCUUCCACUUGUGAAGAGAAUUUCGGAUUUCCAUUUGCUGCUCUUACUCGCCAGGUUUCUAGACGUUGCUAAUGAUGUUCCUGCUUUGGCAGUGUGUGUCCAUAAGCAAUCACCCAUACCAGAAGGCUACCAGUUACUGAUCGAGACUAUGGCCAACACUUGUUAGUGCUGCUUUGCAUGCUCUUUCGGAAACUGAUACCUCCUACGAUCUCAAAUGAUUGUGGCUAACCAGUGAUCCUUUGUCGUGGUUAGCCCCCACGCAAUGCCAUGAACCACCCGAAAAGGUUACUUAGCACCUGAGUAGUUUAAGUUUUAACGCGUCUUUUCUCGGGCAGUUCAAGUUAUGCAGUAAAAGUUUCUGGUCUGGAUAUUUAUGCUUGCCAGAACUAGGCUUGAGUCGUUGUCCAUGUAUUAUAAUUUUACGAUGUAUAAACUGAUCUUCUAAACCAUGGUGCUUGUUGCUUAUCG